CUCCCGAAUCCCCCCUGUUUGGAUUUGAUUUCAAUCAUUUAUUCCAAGCCACAAUAGGGCUCUUCCAAUUGUUUUUCACUUGUUCCUUCAUUAUUUGUGACCAUUUCUGCAAUCGGAUAUUCUCUUCCCUUGUGUGUGCUAAUAUAGGAGUUAUUAUCAUCCUAUGACAAGAUAAUAGUAACGAAUGCCACGUACAAUGCAUGGGCUUGUACUAAAAUGACGCAUUUGUAAAUGCUAACUUGAGUAUUUGUACAAAACGCUGUUGAAGCGCUGACGUGAAGCAGUACCAAGCGCCUACGGGGGCCGUGCGUGCCCAAGAAAGCGUCUGCUUCCCGGCCGUCCUGCUGGUGCGAGCAAUGGAGGGGGUCACAGUGGGCCAGGUAUUUGAUGCCGAAUGCAUCCUAAGCAAGCGGCCGAGAAAGGGCAAGUUCGAGUAUCUUGUCAAGUGGAGAGGGUGGUCGUCCAAGCACAACAGUUGGGAGCCAGAGGAGAAUAUUUUGGACCCGAGGUUACUGGCAGCUUUUCACAAAAGGGAACAAGAGCGAGACCUUUUGUUCCAGAAGAAAGGAAAGAGGCCAAGAGGACGACCACGCAAGUUUCCGCUUCCCGUUCCUCCCGCCGCCAAAGACAACCGCUCGUCCUCAUCGUCCUUCUCCGGCGCGUCUUCGUCGGCGUCCGAGGAAGAUGAGGAAGCGGAGCGCCGGAAGGCCGAGGGGGCGGCGAUGCCGGCCAGCCCCCGGCCGCACCCCGCCCCCCAGAAGAGGCCUCCCGUCCUGGCGGCCAAAGCCGAGCCGCAUCGCAGCAAGCGCGGGCGGAAGGCGCUUCACGCCGACCUGGGCGCUUUGAGGCGCGCCAAAAGCAGGACGCCGCCCUUGCCCUUGUCCCCGAGCCGCCACCAGCUGCUGCCGGGCUUCCUGCGCAAGUAUGGAAAGUACGGAACGGCAUUUGCAAACGCAGCGCAAACGCAACGCAGCUCUCGACAUACCUUUCCAAAGCCCGCCUCGUGCUUUCCCAGAGCGGAGCCCCGGCCGGGGAUAAAGAAGCCGCUGCAGCCGGCCAGCUUCACCUACACCGGACUCGGCCGGACCGCCAGAGACCACCACGCUGCUGCCCAGAGCUCGCUUUUCUCCCAGGUGUCGGCGACAUCCAAAGGGGGCUGCCUUUGGAGCCGACCCGCGCCCGCCUCCUCGCUGCCGCCGCAUAGGAAGACGUCGCACGGCGAGCUCAAAUGCGCCGCGUCGGGCCGGGGCUACGGCCCCAAAGGGACGCCGCCCUCUCCGAGAGCCGUCUUCGGGGGCGGCCAGGAGGCCGCGCAGCGCCUCGCGCCGCCUCCGAGGAGACAGGACGGCCACCAACACAAGCGAGCGCCGCCCUCGCAGCGGCUCAGCCUGCGGGCGCCCGACCCGCAGAGUGUCGCCAGGACGCCGCUCGCCGGCCAUCAGGGCAACAGCGGCGCGGCGGUGCGCACCAGCUCGCGGAGCGGCAGCCUGGUGGUCAUCAGAGACGCUUGCGUGACACCCAAAGGGCGGCGUCCGGGCUCGCCCGCAGGCGGCGCCGCUGAGAAGGACGGUGGCGGGCGGCGGCGGGACCAGCGUGCGUCCGCCGGCCGCAACCUAGACGAACUCAGCGCCGGCGACUCGGACGACAGCAGCGGCGGCGAGUGGGAGCGGGACGGCGCCUCGUCGUAUCCCGACGACGGGCGGCCCAGCCUGGGCGACGCCGCCACCGAGUCGGACGCCGAGACGGACUGGCGGCCCGCGCGGGACCUUCUGGAACACGUGUUUGUCACCGACGUCACAGCCAAUUUUAUCACCGUCACCGUCAAGGAGUCGCCCACCAGCGUGGGCUUCUUCAACCCGCGCAACCACUAGCCGCCGCUUUGGCUCCAACGCUGGAGACUCGGUCGUCGGCCGUGAUGCCAAAUCUUCCAGCGCCGGCCGACACUUUGAAAGUGGCCAGUGCCUCAGGUUCCCGUUCGCGACGUUACAAAAAGCAAACUUGUGUUCUGGACACUUUGUUUGUGUGUGUGUGUGUGUGGACCAAAGGUGCUCUGAAUGUUAUUUAAUUGUGUCCUGACCUGAGUGGUGUUACUCACGUCUUUGAUUGCUCCUCUAAUUUGACAUACAAAUGAUCCAUCCACUUCUUACUUACCACUUUUCAUGAUACAUCAUUCAUUUGGAAACGUGCUCAAAUAUGGCGCUUCUGGGAAACAACCACAGACAGGUAAAGAAUGAUCAAAUCAUAGUACUUAACUUUCAAAAUGAAUUCUAUUGGACAUGAGCACAAUGAGAACAAAAAAUCAGGAAAUCAUCCAAGACAUUGCAUACAGCAUAGGUGUCAAACUCAAGGCCCGCCUGCCCGCCCGACACAUCAUUUUGUGUGACCCGCCAAGACAAAUUUUGUAUCAACUUGGUGUCAUUACUAAAAUUACAAAUUGUCUUCACUUUUGUUACCAUUCAUCUUUUGAAAC